CUUUUUCAAAACGGCCCGGGACACCGGACAAAUUGUUAUAAAGCGUGAUUGUCCCGCUGAAAUCGGGACGUCUGGCCACCUUAAUUAAAACUAUAAUCCAAAUUGUGAGUCCCUCAACUAGCCCAAAUUGCACAAAUUCAACCCGCAAAUUUUCAAAUUUGGAAAUUUUGGAAUUUUCAAUUCCAAAUCCAAUUCUGAAUGUUUUGGUUUUUGUUACCCUAAUCCAAAUUGUGAAACCUCCAACAAGCCCAAAUCGAACAAAUUCAAUCCCCAAUUUUCAAAUUUCACUUCCAAUUUCAAUUCUGAAUCUUUGGGUUCUUGUUACCCUAAUCCAAAUAGGUGUCGAAGUUCCAAAAAGGAAUCACCUCAGAAGACCCCAAGACAUCAUGAUGAUGUUGAAUACGCUGUUAUUUCCUUCAUCUUGCUUCUUGUGUUUGAUUUUAUAAUCCAAAUGUCAGUUAAAACUAUAAUCCAUAUUGUGAAUCCUCCAACUAGCCCAAAUUGAACAAAUUCAACCCCCAGAUAUUCAAAUUUCACUUCCAAUUCCAAUUCUGAAUUUUUGGGUUCUUGUUACCCUAAUCCAAAUAGGUGUUGAAGUUCCAAAAAGGAAUCCCCUCCCCAUAAAAACCCAACAUAUCAUGCUGAUGAUGAAUAUGCUGUUAUUUUCUUCAUCUUGCUUCUUUUGUUUGAUUUUAUAAUCCAAAUGCCAGUUAAAACUAUAACCCAAAAUUUGAAUCCUCCAACAAGCAAAAUCGAACAAGUUCAACCCCCCAAUUUUCAAAUUUCACUUCCAAUUCCAAUUCUGAAUCUUCAGGUUCUUGUUACCCUAAUCCAAAUAGGGAAUCCUCCAACCAGCCCAAAUUGCACAAAUUCAACCCCCAAAUUUUCAAAUUCCAAUUCCAAUUAUGAAUCUUCGGGUUCUUGUUACCCUAAUCCAAAUAGGUGUCAAAGUUCUGAAAAAGGAAUCCCCCCAGAAAGCCCCAAAAUAUCAUGUUGAUGAUGAAUAUGCUGCUAUUUUCUUCAUCUUGCUUUUUGUUUUUGAUUUUAUAAUCCAAAUACCAGUUAAAACUAUAAUCCAAAUUGUGAGCUCUACAACUAGCCCAAAUUGCACAAAUUCAACCCCCAGAUUUUCAAAUUUCACUUCCAAUUCCAAUUCUGAAUCUUCGGGUUCUUGAUACCCUAAUCCAAAUUGUGAAUCCUCCAACCAGCCCAAAUCGAACAAAUUCAACCUCAAAUUUUCAAAUUUCACUUCCAGUUCCAAUUCAGAAUCUUUGGGUUCUUGUUACCCUAAUCCAAAUAGAUGUCAAUGUUCCGAAAAAGGAAUCCCCCCAGAAAGCCCCAAAAUAUCAUGUUGAUGAUGAGUAUGCUGUUAUUCUCUUCAUCUUGCUUUUUGUGUUUGAUUUUAUAAUCCAAAUACCAGUUAAAACUAUAAUCCAAAUUGUGAGCCCUCCAACUAGCCCAAAUUGCACAAAUUCAACCCCCAAAUUUUCAAAUUUCACUUCCAAUUCCAAAUCCAAUUUUGAAUCUUCUGGUUUUUGUUACCCUAAUCCAAAUUGUGAAUCCUCCAACUAGCCCAAAUUGCACAAAUUCAACCCCCAAAUUUUCAAAUUUCACUUCCAAUUCCAAUUCCAAAUCUUUGGGUUCUUGUUACCCUAAUCCAAAUAGCUGUCAAAGUUCCAAAAAAGGAAUCCCCCAGAAAGCCCCAAAAUAUCAUGAUGAUGUUGAAAAUGCUGUUAUUUUCUUCAUCUUGCUUUUUGUGUUUGAUUUUAUAAUCCAAAUGCCAGUUAAAACUAUAAUCCAAAUUGUGAGCCCUCCAACUAGCCCAAAUCAAACAAAUUCUACCCCCAGAUUUUCAAAUUUCACUUCCAGUUCCAAUUCAGAAACUUCGGGUUCUUGAUACCCUAAUCCAAAUAGGUGUUAAAGUUCCCAAAAAGGAAGCCCCCCACCCUUAAAAACCUAUGACAUCAUGCUGAUGAUGAGUAUGCUGUUAUUCUCUUCAUCUUGCUUCUUUUUUUGAUUUUAUAAUCCAAAUGCCAGUUAAAUCUACAAUCCAAAAUCUGAAUCCUCCAACAAGCAGAAUCGAACAGGUUCAACCCCCAAAUUUUCAAAUUUCACUUCCAAUUCCAAUUCUGAAUCUUCGGGUUCUUGUUACCCUAAUCCAAAUAGGUGUCGAAGUUCCAAAAAAGGAAUCCCCCAGAAAGCCCCAAAAUAUCCUGAUGAUGUUGAAAAUGCUGCUAUUUUCUUCAUCUUGCUUUUUGUGUUUGAUUUUAUAAUCCAAAUGCCAGUUAAAACUAUAAUCCAAAUUGUGAGCCCUCCAACUAGCCCAAAUCAAACAAAUUCUACCCCCAGAUUUUCAAAUUUCACUUCCAGUUCCAAUUCAGAAACUUCGGGUUCUUGAUACUCUAAUCCAAAUAGGUGUUAAAGUUCUCAAAAAGGAAUCCCCCCUUAAAAACCUAUGACAUCAUGCUGAUGAUGAGUAUGCUGUUAUUCUCUUCAUCUUGCUUCUUUUUUUGAUUUUAUAAUCCAAAUGCCAGUUAAAUCUAUAAUCCAAAAUCUGAAUCCUCCAACAAGCAGAAUCGAACAGGUUCAACCCCCAAAUUUUCAAAUUUCACUUCCAAUUCCAAUUCUGAAUCUUCGGGUUCUUGUUACCCUAAUCCAAAUAGGUGUCGAAGUUCCAAAAAAGGAAUCCCCCAGAAAGCCCCAAAAUAUCAUGAUGAUGUUGAAAAUGCUGCUAUUUUCUUCAUCUUGCUUUUUGUGUUUGAUUUUAUAAUCCAAAUGCCAGUUAAAACUAUAAUCCAAAUUGUGAGCCCUCCAACUAGCCCAAAUCAAACAAAUUCUACCCCCAGAUUUUCAAAUUUCACUUCCAAUUCCAAUUCUGAAUCUUCGGGUUCUUGUUACCCUAAUCCAAAUAAGUGUCGAAGUUCCAAAAAAGGAAUCCCCCAGAAAGCCCCAAAAUAUCAUGAUGAUGUUGAAAAUGCUGCUAUUUUCUUCAUCUUGCUUUUUGUGUUUGAUUUUAUAAUCCAAAUGCCAGUUAAAACUAUAAUCCAAAUUGUGAGCCCUCCAACUAGCCGAAAUCAAACAAAUUCAACCCCCAAAUUUUCAAAUUUCACUUCCAAUUCCAAUUCUGAAUCUUCGGGUUCUUGUUACCCUAAUCCAAAUAGGUGUCGAAGUUCCAAAAAAGGAAUCCCCCAGAAAGCCCCAAAAUAUCAUGAUGAUGUUGAAAAUGCUGCUAUUUUCUUCAUCUUGCUUUUUGUGUUUGAUUUUAUAAUCCAAAUGCCAGUUAAAACUAUAAUCCAAAUUGUGAGCCCUCCAACUAGCCCAAAUCAAACAAAUUCUACCCCCAGAUUUUCAAAUUUCACUUCCAAUUCCAAUUCUGAAUCUUCGGGUUCUUGUUACCCUAAUCCAAAUAAGUGUCGAAGUUCCAAAAAAGGAAUCCCCCAGAAAGCCCCAAAAUAUCAUGAUGAUGUUGAAAAUGCUGCUAUUUUCUUCAUCUUGCUUUUUGUGUUUGAUUUUAUAAUCCAAAUGCCAGUUAAAACUAUAAUCCAAAUUGUGAGCCCUCCAACUAGCCGAAAUCAAACAAAUUCAACCCCCAAAUUUUCAAAUUUCACUUCCAAUUCCAAUUCUGAAUCUUCGGGUUCUUGUUACCCUAAUCCAAAUAGGUGUCGAAGUUCCAAAAAAGGAAUCCCCCAGAAAGCCCCAAAAUAUCAUGAUGAUGUUGAAAAUGCUGCUAUUUUCUUCAUCUUGCUUUUUGUGUUUGAUUUUAUAAUCCAAAUGCCAGUUAAAACUAUAAUCCAAAUUGUGAGCCCUCCAACUAGCCCAAAUCAAACAAAUUCUACCCCCAGAUUUUCAAAUUUCACUUCCAAUUCCAAUUCUGAAUCUUCGGGUUCUUGUUACCCUAAUCCAAAUAAGUGUCGAAGUUCCAAAAAAGGAAUCCCCCAGAAAGCCCCAAAAUAUCAUGAUGAUGUUGAAAAUGCUGCUAUUUUCUUCAUCUUGCUUUUUGUGUUUGAUUUUAUAAUCCAAAUGCCAGUUAAAACUAUAAUCCAAAUUGUGAGCCCUCCAACUAGCCGAAAUCAAACAAAUUCAACCCCCAAAUUUUCAAAUUUCACUUCCAAUUCCAAUUCUGAAUCUUCGGGUUCUUGUUACCCUAAUCCAAAUAGCUGUCGAAGUUCCAAAAAAGGAAUCCCCCAGAAAGCCCCAAAAUAUCCUGAUGAUGUUGAAAAUGCUGCUAUUUUCUUCAUCUUGCUUUUUGUGUUUGAUUUUAUAAUCCAAAUGCCAGUUAAAACUAUAAUCCAAAUUGUGAGCCCUCCAACUAGCCAAAUCAAACAAAUUCUACCCCCAGAUUUUCAAAUUUCACUUCCAGUUCCAAUUCAGAAACUUCGGGUUCUUGAUACUCUAAUCCAAAUAGGUGUUAAAGUUCCCAAAAAGGAAUCCCCCCCCUUAAAAACCUAUGACAUCAUGCUGAUGAUGAGUAUGCUGUUAUUCUCUUCAUCUUGCUUUUUGUGUUUGAUUUUAUAAUCCAAAUACCAGUUAAAACUAUAAUCCAAAUUGUGAGCCCUCCAACUAGCCCAAAUUGCACAAAUUCAACCCCCAAAUUUUCAAAUUUCACUUCCAAUUCCAAAUCCAAUUUUGAAUCUUCUGGUUUUUGUUACCUUAAUCCAAAUUGUGAAUCCUCCAACUAGCCCAAAUUGCACAAAUUCAACCCCCAAAUUUUCAAAUUUCACUUCCAAUUCCAAUUCAGAAUCUUCGGGUUCUUGUUACCCUAAUCCAAAUAGGUGUCAAAAUUUCCCAAAAGGAAUCCCCCCCUUAAAAACCCAAGACAUCAUGAUGAUGUUGAAAAUGCUGUUAUUUUCUUCAUCUUGCUUCUUGUGUUUGAUUAUAUCGUCCAAAUGUG